UAAUCGAUGUACACCAACAACAAAAGAAAAGCAAAAAACAGGACAUCAAGCGUAUGUACGCGCAAGGCCUAGGCUCAGAAGAAAAAAGCGACGGUUCGUUGACAGUGCACACCGUCGUCCGCAAAAUUCCCCACCCAAAAUUGCCAACAGCACACGAAACGACACAGUAGGGCGAAAAAAAAAAUGUGUUUGUGCACCCAAGUUAAAGCCAAGUAGAGUGACCAAGCUUCCAGGAAACACACCUUCCUCCUUAUCCCAACGUGUGUACUUAGCUAAUGGGUAAAGCUCGUGUAUGAAAGUCUUUAAGAAGGUAGAAAGAAAGAUGUUGCUCAACGUACACACAACGAAAGCAAAGCUUCAACGUUAUUCGAUCGAAACAUCCUUUUGUGCGCUGUGGUGUAAUAACGCGUGUGAAGUUAGUAGUCGCUAGUUUGUGCAUAUCUCUUCCCAUUCUGUGUUAUCAUAUGUUCCUUUCGGUUAUCCACAUUUGUUUGGAUUUGAAGAAAUAAAAAAAACGUAUCCGUCCCAUCCACUUUGAAGAUAAGCUUUAAAGCAAGGGAAGAAAGCAUUGCGAUACGGAAUCAGGACGAUGUUCGUCCAAAACGUAAUUGAUCCGGCAACGUUCUGCCACACAACCCCCCCGGGGCUGCCAUGAUACUAUGUGAGAAGUGGAAAUCCCUACCAAAAACCCAGCAACGAAUUUCAUCAUAGCAGGCGUUUUCAUUAGUUUAGUGCUGCCGUGAAGUCACUGGAAAAUACGCUGCAGUAUCCUUCCGUUGUGUAUGUGUGCGUGAGUAUGUGCGAGCGUGUGUGUGUGCUUCGUGCGGUGGUGUGGUGCUUGACGUUUGCAACUCAAAGUGGAACACAGGCAGAAUCGAUCAAAUCCUGAUCUCAGUUCAUCGAUUUUGCCAACUGUCAGGAUAACUCGAUUCCUCGAUGAUGAUGGAAAGGAUGUUGUAUUAGUCGAGCAAAAAGAAAAAAAAUAAACACCAAUACAAUCACAACGCAGUCAGCGACGAAAAAUGCGCGCCGAAAAAAGCAAAAGGGCAGCGCUCCCGUCAAAAUAAACAUAAAUGUGUCGCGUGGCCGAGAGAGAGAGCGAAAGAGAGAGCGAGAGAGCAAGAGCAACAAGAAAGAGGUCCUCCAAAGGCUGUGUUUUCGCGUUUAGUACGCUGCAGUGAAGGUGGUGGUGGUAUGUGUUUUGAAGCAGUGGAUUGAAGAAGAGAUAAACACACAACUUGUCCGUAUGUCAGCAUCCCAAGUGCUUCCAGUUGCUGUGUGUGAGCUUCCCUAGUGUGUCUGUCGCACCUGAAGGCAAAUUGCAGUUUUAUUGACGCUCGUCGACAAAGAAUCCGGGGCACUGGAUGGAGUUCUUUGUUUAGCUGUACCGUGUGUACCGUACCCGCUACUGACUAGCAGCAUGGGAACUCAUGGAGAAUGAGUCGAAAAUAGGCAAAUUAAGAAAGGCGUAGGCAUAACGAGCAGGAGAUAAUAGCAGCGUGCAGUUUCAUCGUUCUUCCACGCGUCUUCAGAACGUGUGUGUCACGAGGUUUUGCUUCUGACGCAAAGCAAACAAACAAGACAACGGCACAAAGAUGCAUUACCGCCACGAGGACAUAUUGGUGCCACACGCGAGGAACAAUCAUUCCCUCGGCGUUCCCGGUGCCUCCGACGCAAAGUAUGAGCAAUCCAUCGUCUGGCCAUUCCUUAUCCAGAAUGCGAUGGAAAAUCCGCUCUGCACCACGACCACGUCAGCUGCGUCGACCGUAUCCGUGCUGCUCUGGACGACGAUUGCGGUGUUUGGGAUUGUUUACACCUUGCUGGGAUAUCGAUGUCUCCGAGCGAUAGGAUUCCUAACCGGACUAGCGGCCGGUGCUGGUUGCAUAGUACUGCUGCAGAACAAAAACAUCACCGGAUUUGGCAAUCUAGCUGCACCAGCAUUGGCUGUCGUUGCUGGCCUGUUCGGCGCGGUACUCGGUUCAACACAUCCCAUCUCGUCCACACUGAUAGGAGCUUCCGCUGGUGCAUUAGUAGCCGGUGCAACGAUUGCCGCCUGCAUAGCCACGUUACCUCAUUACAUAUUUGGUGAGAAUGAACUGUUCGUGUCGGUCGUCGGUGGCGCCAUCAUCUGUGCAAUAGUGACACUGUUCUGCCCAAAGUUUAUGUCCAUCAUCGCGUCCAGCAUUAUCGGUUCGGCCAUGAUCCUUUGCUCGAUCGACUUCUUCAUGCACGGACUGAAAACGCUUGAAUGGAUCUUUAACAUGACGCCCGACCCAACACCGCCCCCGUGCUGGGGUGGUGUCAUCCUCUGCUGCUGGCCCAUCUCGUCCGUGCUCGGUGUGCUGGUGCAGAGCUUCGUUACCGCCUGGAAGAUUGACCACCGGCGUCAGCUGCACCAUCGCCGGAGGCGACACUACAAGGGCCGGUCGGGUUCGCGGUCGCGCGAAACCCGGGAAGAGGCGCGCCAGCGCAAGUAUCGCUAUCUGUAUCAGGUUCGCACUGCCCGGGGCGAUAUUAUCUCGCAGAACUUUGUGUCCGCCCUCCAGAAGCACGUCACCACGGACUCUGGCCCACCCUCGGAAGUGUCCACCAAGCUUGGUUCGAACGAUCGUAACACGGCCCGCAGCGACCGCACCCAUCUGACCAACCUGCCCGACUCGGACUUUGACAAGAUGGAUUCGAGCUGCGAGAAACGUUGACAGAAGCUGUCGUCCGUGUCGGGCAAGUAGUCCCGGUCGGGCGGUGUCGGCCAUCGGCGCAGCGAGCGCCUAUCCCGACAGUAUUCCAGCCGCAGCAUUGCGCAGGAGAUCGAUCGUGAGCUGGCCCGUGCCAUGCCACCGGCCAGCGUUACCGAUCCGCGCUGAUUCAAUCAUCCGUUUAUCCGAUUAGGUUUUAAGGUAUAAUAGGUAUGUGAUUCUAUUUCUUCUGUUGUGUUUUUAAGCAUUUACAUUUUUUAUUUAAAGAGAAAACGUGACAAAAGAGCAAAACCAAACUUUAACGGUGUUCCAUUAGCAUUUAGAUGUUGUGAAACAGGGCAAAAUUGGCGGCAGUAAUGCGGGAAAGCGAUUUAGCGAUUGUUUAUUGAGGGUAUGCUGCAACAUGGGUUGGAUGUAGGACGAUGGACGACGAUGAUCCAAAAAUUGAUCCAAAGUGAUGCAAAACAGAAGGUUACCGGACUAUAAGCGUAGGAUGUAGUUUGUGUGAGCGUUUCAAUGGGCAGGAGAAAACGCAAGCGCGGGAACAAUACGAAACAAAGUUGUAGUGUGGGUGCUCGAAGAGCGACUUAGGGUGGAAAGAAAGCCGUGGCAAAACGAACGUCAGAGACUCAAAGAGAGCCAGAUUGCACAGGCAAGCACAGGGACACAUAGCUAACGCGUAACGUUACACGAAAAUAUCUCUAAAUAGUGAAUAAUGAAGAGAGAAGUGAAGAGGCCGUUUUACAAAAACCUUACUCCUUAAUCGAACAUUUAUACUGUGACUAAAAGCUAAAAACGAAACCCCCCUCCCGUUUUCCGGCAAACGAAUCGAAUCGAGAUUGAAUCAAAUUCAUGAUUUUGAAAGUAGUAGUAGCAGUAGUCAACUAAUGAAUACAUUAACGCGUACUAAGAAACGUAUGAUAAAGUGAGCAAAAAAAAAUAAGAAAAGUGAAAAGAAAACGAAAAGAAGAUGCAUUCAAGAAGGAGUAAAGCAAAAAGGGAAAGUUAAUGGGGGAGGGGAAAAAACGAAAGGGUAAUAAUAAUACAUAAAAAACAUGGUAAAAAUUGUAUGCUAAAAGAAAUAAUCAAAGAAACAAAACAAAACAAAAGCACAACACACACACACACACACGCAAGCCAAGGUGUGGAGAAAAGCCAUGCCAUUUAAACAUAACUUAAUCGUUAAAUAAGCGCAAAGUUAAAUGAAUUAAAAAGAGGCAACAACCGAUAUCGAAGCGGUACUACAAUGACUAAAUACGUGAGAAUCACCAGAAAGGGAAGAGAACAAAAUGAGACAGCACAAAGGAAGAGAAAAUGGAAUAGAAAACGGAACCGUCUAAUGGUUCUACCCUCCCGGAAGAAGAAGAAGAAGAAGGUGAAAAAGAAGCUAGUGAAAUGUAUUUUGUCGGUUGCAAUAAAAAAGAAAACUGCAAAUUUAGACUAGAUUAUUGAAGAAGUAAAAAAAAUAUGUGAAAAUAAGAGUAAAGUAAACCAAAAUCAGAAAAGGUAAAAAAGAAAAAGUUAGUAAGAGAUGAAGCAAAUACAUAAAACAGAAGUAACUUUUGUUCUGCAACUUAAACAAUUGAAGAUAAAAACGAAGGUAAAGCAGAGUGUGUGGAAAAAGAGUGGAAAGAUUUCCACAAACCACAGUGUGUGUGUGUGUACAGCUGUAUGUAAAGCGACUACUCAUUCGUUCAGUGUGUAAACUAGCUAACGCGCAUUAUAUCGUACUGGUGACAUUACAGUGUGUGUGUUUUGUGACUAAUAACUGUUGUUUCCCUUUGUUUUGUUUUUUUUUCUUCCCUUCGAUGGCUUUAUUUGAGCCCUCUCUUUUUCCGGGUUACAUAUGCGUCCAUAAGCUAUCGAACCAUUUCACUUUGAAAAUGAAAAAGAAAAAGAAAAACCAACUAUGCCAGUGUUGUUCGUUUAUUAAUGAUAAAUCAAGAAAGUAAAACAAGAUAAAUCUUAAAGUAAUCAAAUGCAGCGCAAAGCAGGGAGGCUAGUGGCAAAGCUGGAGAUGGAAAUGGAAAGGGAAUGAAGCAAAGUGACGUGGUACACGAAACUGUGAAACAAUAAUGCAAAACUGUGAAGUAGUGCAGGUCAAACCGUACAAGCGAAAAAAUUGGAAUUAUUGGAAGUUGGAAAAAAAAGGAUUUUAACGAAUCGUAUCGGUAGCGGUCGCGAAGGUCAGGCAGAGGACAACACGGUGCUGUUAGCGUGAAGGAAUAGUUCCAAAGAAAAUGGAUGCAGAGUGGUUGUGCUUCAAGGUAGAUAUACGGAAAAUAUACGGACAAAACGUAGGUGAGUGGUGCAAUCGGUACUACUAAGCGGACCGGGGUAGGUGGCAGGUGCAAAAACGGGGAAGGCAACGUGGGGGCUAGCUACUUAAUGGAUGUGUAUAGGUUUAUAACGGAAGCUCAAAUAUAUAAACAACAUAUUUUGGAA